UGUCACCGGCACUACUGUCUUUCUUUUUCCGCUCCGAUCUCAGCGCUGGUGGGAGCGUGGAUUUCAUCGUCUGAGUUCACAAAAUCACCCAAAAUGAGCGUACCAGCAUUUAUUGAUAUUACUGAAGAAGACCAGGCUUCAGAGCUGAGAGCCUACAUCAAGUCUAAAGGAGCUGAUAUCUCAGAGGAGAAUGCAGAAGGUGGACUUCAUGUUGAUCUGGCUCAGAUCAUCGAGGCAUGUGAUGUGUGCCUCAAAGAUGAUGAUAAAGAUGUCGAGAGUGUAAUGAACAGCAUUGUGUCUUUGCUGUUGAUUCUGGAGCCAGAGAAGCAGGAGGCUCUCAUUGAAAGUCUGUGUGAGAAACUGGUGAAAUUUCGUGAAGGAGAGAGACCCUCACUCAGAAUGCAACUGCUGAGUAACCUGUUUCAUGGCAUGGAUGAGAACACUCCAGUGAGAUACACUGUCUUCUGUAGUCUCAUCAAGGUGGCUGCCACCUGUAAUGCCAUUUCUUUCAUCCCCACUGACCUUGAUCAGGUGCGCAAGUGGAUAAUUGACUGGAACUUGAACACAGAGAAGAAACAUACACUUUUGAGGCUGGUGUAUGAAGCACUGGUUGACUGCAAAAAGAGCGAGCCUGCAGCAAAAGUGAUGGUUGAGCUACUGGGGAGUUACACAGAAGACAAUGCUUCACAAGCACGUGUUGAUGCCCACAGAUGUAUUGUCCGUGCUCUCAAAGACCCCAACACCUUCCUUUUUGACCACCUGCUCACCCUGAAACCUGUUCGCUUCCUGGAGGGAGAGCUCAUUCAUGAUCUAUUAACCAUCUUUGUGAGCGCAAAACUAGCAGCAUAUGUCAAAUUUUACCAGAGUAACAAAGACUUUAUUGACUCUCUUGGCCUCUCUCAUGAACAAAAUAUGGCCAAGAUGCGUCUGCUGACAUUCAUGGGCAUGGCUGUGGAAUUUAAGGAGAUCUCCUUUGACACUAUGCAACAGGAGCUGCAGAUUGGAGCUGAUGACGUCGAAGCCUUUGUUAUUGACGCUGUCCGGACCAAAAUGGUGUACUGCAAGAUUGACCAGACACAGCGAAAGGUUGUUGUGAGCCACAGCACACACCGCACCUUUGGCAAGCAGCAGUGGCAGCAGCUGCACGACAAGCUCAGCUCCUGGAAGGCAAAUCUAGCAGCCGUCAAGACCAGUCUUCAAGCCCUGUCACCUUCUGCAUAAUUCCACUUUCUAGACUUAGACUCAACCCUCAAUUCUUCGCUGCUUUCAAGAUUCUCAGACUGAAAUAAUCAGUUUUUAUAUUAAAUAAAAAAUAAAAGAAUGGUGAAGAUAA